AUGACCGAAGCAUUUGAGAGGUUCAUGGAGGGCAGAGAGACGAAGAGACUGGGCGAACUGCUUGUCGUCAGUGUUCUUGGGCUCCUAGUCAACCUUGUUGGAAUGAAGGCGUUUGGUCACCAUCACCACGGCCACGGGCACGGCCACAGUCACUCUCAUUCCCUCAAUUGCAGUGGCCAUGGCCAUUCCCAUGACCAUGGCAAUGAACGGCCGCUCAUUCUGGGACACAGUGACGAAAAAAAUGGCCAUAACCAUGGCCACAGCCACAGUCAUUCGCACUCGCACUCACACUCGCACUCCCACAGCCGCUCACAUGGCCAUUCCCACGAAAACGAGAACAUGUACGGCAUCUACUUGCAUGUUCUCGCCGAUACAUUAGGUAGCCUUGCUGUCAUCGUCUCAACCCUGCUCACGUGGGUUUGGAAAUGGCCAGGUUGGGAUCCGCUUGCGUCGUUCCUGAUCGCCAUCUUGAUUCUGUUGUCGGCCCUACCGCUGGUGAAAUCAUCGGCCAAGCGGCUCCUGUUGACUAUUCCUCCGGAUAUCGAGUACAAUCUGCGGGAAACGUUGUCCGGGAUCACCUCGCUCCGCGGGGUUGUUGGGUAUUCUGUCCCAAAGUUUUGGAUCGAUGAUCGCAACAGCAUUGGCGAGGGCGACGACACUCGACUGUUGGGUGUUAUGCAUGUUGUUGCUGCACGAGGAGCUGAUAUGGAGGAUGUGCGCGAUCGGGUGAGGAAUUAUAUGCUGGAGCGGAAGGUGGAUGUGGUGGUGCAAGUUGAGAGGGAGGGGGACACCAGCUGUUGGUGUGGCGUCGGGAGGAGUCCGCUGUCGCAGUCGCACACCAGAACAGGAAGCACGAGCAUUUUCUAA